UUCUGAUCCAUCCCCUCCUAUGGAAUUCCCCGCAGGCGUCGCAGCUCCUGCGCAGGCUCUGCAUGCAGAACAUGGUCUGGACCUACUGCAAGAGGAUCAGCCCCGAGUGGAAGCAGCAGUUGGAACAAAAAGUAAUUGCCAGUGAGAUCUUCAAGGGUAAAAAAGACAAUUAUCCUCAGAGUGUUCCCAGGCUCUUCAUCAACACUCGAUUGGGUAGAGAAGAAAUAAAUACUAAAGUCCUCCAGGCGUUAGAGAAUGAAGCACUCAAGUACGCAGUGCCCGUGGUCAAGUACGACAGGAAGGGCUACAAGGCGAGGGCGCGGCAGCUGCUGCUCACCCAGAGCUCGGCCAUCGUGGUGGAGGAGUCCAAGAUCAAACAGCGCAUCGACUACUCCAACCUGACAGGCAUCUCCGUCAGCAGCCUGAGCGACAACUUGUUUGUGCUGCAUGUGCACUGCGUGGACAACAAACAGAAGGGAGAUGUCGUCCUGCAGAGUGACCACGUGAUCGAGACACUGACAAAAGCAGCCAUUCUGGCCAACAAAAUCAACAACAUCAACAUCAACCAGGGCAGCAUAAAAUUCACAGUGGGACAAGGCAAAGAAGGGAUCAUCGACUUCAUCUCGGGGUCAGAACUGCUCAUAGCCAAAGCCAAGAACGGGCAUCUAACAGUGGUUGCUCCUCGGUUGAAUUCCCGAUGAUGAAAAGCAUCCCUGCUCCAGGACCUGUCCCUCCACAGAAUUGGCUGAACAUUGUUCUCAGAAAACCACCCCCCUUCCUCGCUUUGCUCUAUUAUUACCAAAGACCUGCACUUUCAAAACAACCACAAAAUAGAUCCUGCUCUCUCAUCUUACUCCCAAAGUCCCAAACAAAGGCCUUCUCCUCUCUUCCUCACUGGACCGAACGUGGGGUCCAGCACAGCAUCCCUGCAACCACAGCUUGGGACCUUCAGCUGCGCUUUGAAGGGAGAGUGUCAGCCCUGAUGGAAACGACCAAAAUUUGUGCUUGUCAUCACCAAAAAAAAAAAAAAAAAGCACAACCAGAAAAUGAGUAACUGCUGCUUUCUCAGCCAAAUCGAUGAAAUGCCAAACUUUGUAUUCAGAAUGUUUUAUGAAGAAUUUUGCUCGGAGAUGUUUUAAUGCUUUGUGUUACAAAUAUAGUGAAGCCAUAUUGUGUAAAUGAGUAAAACCUGUAAAUACUUUAUAGCCAAGGAUGAGAUGCACUACGAGAGAUGGAGUUAUGUUUUAGAUUUGGAAUUUUUGUUGUUUUCAGUUUAUGGUUACAAGGUAUAACCUGAAAAAUUCAUCCURUUAACUUCUCCACUCAUCGGGAUCCAGAGACUUUUAUCUUUUUUUGAAGUCAGCUGUCCCAUUUCUUGCUCUCUAUUUUUAUACCGUAGGAAUUUUUCAUAUCCACACAAACACAAUGUAAUACAAACUGCAGAGGUUACCACUGCUCUGGGCUGGCCAUGGGAUGAACAUGAGCUUCCCCUCCUCCUGCCUUUACCCGUCUGGGAGUCCUCACUGCCCCUUCCCCCACAGCUCCGCAGGCUCAGAGCAGCACCUUCAGGAAAAAAUGGCUUUUCCUCUUGUUCCUAGCGAUAACUGGAAGUCAGAUUGCCACAGUAUUUAUCUCAGUGCCUCAGUGCUGCCUUACAGGGGAGGGCUGGGCRCUGCUGCUGCCCCACAGCUCCAGGGACACAGGGGCUGGGUGGUGGCUGCAGCACAAUCUCCUCCUCAGCACUUCUUUUUACCCCAAACAGCUGCAGGGUGCCCGGCUCUGUGGGGAAUUCCUGCUGCACCCACAGCACAACUCCACAGCCCAGCCUGUGCAUCCUGCUCCRCUUGCCUUAGACAUUCAUUCAUUCAUUUCCCUUCCCCUCUGUCCUGCUGCAGCCACAGCCAGCCCUGAAUGAAUUUCCCACACUGCUGUCUCUCUCACCCCCUCAGCUCCAUCUUCUCUCUGGUUCCUGACACAAUGCCAUUGUCCAGCCCUGCUCCAGGCUGGAAUGUGGGAUACGCUGCAGGCCAUCCCCCUGGAUGUGCUGCAGUGUGUGCAGAGCACGCUGCACAUGUUGGUGUAUAACCUCUGCCAGACUACKCUGAAUAAAUUUUUACAAAAAAAACAACACCCUUUGCCUUUGGUGCCGCUUCCUUGCAUGUUUUAGGGGGAGCCUGACCCCCAGCCCCAUCUCUCUCCACAGGGUAAAUCCUCCUGCUGUCCAUGACCAGAAGSAGAUUAUUCCCAGGAAGAGAACUGUCUCUCCCACCAGCAGGUGAGAGGAAUUCACCAACCACCUCCCAGGGCUUGAUGGAGGGAAAGAAUGGACUAAAGGGCUGCUGGCAGCAGCACAACUCACGCUCACACCAAAUCUUCCUUAUCUCCUGUCUGAAGAACAAGGCUGCUCCUGCUGCUCUCUGCCCUUCCAACUGUUCCUAUUACAAGCAACAAAGGCAAAUUAUUCUUCCCAAAACAAUUAUGUUCUGAAAGAAAGUCAUGGUGAUGUUUGGCAUUUUUAAUUUAGGUUUGUUUUAUUUAAGUUUAAUGUUAAUUCCAUGCUGUGUUUCAGUAAGAACAAUACAGAUUCUGUAUCUGUGGCUCCAGUCAGAUAUCCAGUAGUACAAAUUAGCUUCAAGUUACACAUACUGAACAAAAGAGGUUGAGCGAGCGAAGGGAGAUGGGGAGAGGGGAGGGAGAAAAGAAAAAAUAUUGAACACGCAUGCAGGCUUAUCAAUGCCACCUUCAAUGCUAACCUGCUUGGAGGGAAAGUAAAGAACAGGCAAGAAUGAGCAGCCACGGAUUGUUGAACUGUUACCAGCACCAUGAUUUUCAGCAACAUUUCAGCAGUUUGGAAACUUUUUGUUUUUAUACAGUAAAACCACUACAAUAAAUGUCCCAAAUGCAACCUCGCAACUUCAAGCUAAACACCCAAUUAAGUUGAAACAUUGGUAUAAAAUUCAGUUUAAACAGUUAUAAAAAAAAGAAAGAUGCCACCACAUGAGCACUACCUGGCCAGGACCAAUCUCUCCCUACACGGCCUUCAGGUGUCACAUCCAGGUCUGAUGGCAAUGUCACCACAGCUGGCAGAGACAAUACAGUAAUGCUGAAAGAGCCUUUACGCAGUCCUGUUAGUGUCUUAAAGAACCUAAAAGCUGGCACCAGUAAAAUCCACAGAAAUUCACUCUUGCCUUUAAGAACUUUUAAACUGUGUAAAAAAAAUAAAAAUAAAGAAA